AUGAAGAUAUACUCUCCGUCUGUGCUUGUUAAAAGUCUUUUCCAUGCAUCAAAUUCUCUUCCUCGUGUUUCAUGCAUUUGCUGUCGUGCUUCAUGCACUUUCUGUCGUGCUUCAUUCAAUUUCUCUCGUGCUUCAUGCAAUUCUUCUUGUGCUUCUUCUUCUCUUUCUCGGUUCUUUCCCUCUCUCUGUCCAGUUCUGCCUUGGCUUCCAAGUAGAGAGCCUUGUAAUCCAGUGAGCCCUCGCAUUCCAUAUUUUGUGAGGAAGGGUGAAUAUGAGAAUGAUCGGAAGUCUCGGUCUGUCAUUGAGAUUAUUUUGCGAGGGAAUGAUUGCCACUCGAAUAGCGGAAACCCCCGCAUGGAGUUCGAGGUUUCAUUUAUGGGAUUAGUAGAAUCUAUAGCCUUUUCUGCCACAAAAUUGGCUGGCAUUAUUGUUUCACUUUUGGCCUUACAUUUAACGGUACUUUACUUCAAUCGUUCAAUAUUGAACAACAGAAAACAAACCAUUGUCAUGAAGACAUUGGCCAUAAUUAUAUCCACUACUGAUCAUGGGGUACAUCUUAUGUCACAAAAGAAUUUUCUCUCAUGA